AUGAGUGCUAUCGGUCAUUCAAAUCCUUCCAUUUCUCUCCAACAUAACCCUUUCCCCCCCACCCUUACAUGUCCCCUCCGAUUGAUCACCUCCUCUUCCUCCACUCCUCUACGCUGCUCCUCUGCUCCACCUCUGAAGGCCCGCGUGAGGUCACAUCCGGGUAUUUUGAACGAGAACCAGCGUGUCGGGCUCCGGUACUACGAAGAGUUUCAAGAGCGCAUCCCGCGUUCCGAAGUGCGAAAAAUCGAGGAGCGCGUUCGUGAGGCGACGGAAGCGCUGUAUCCUGGCGUGUUCAUGCUGACGACCUGCGGGAGCUACAGGCGAGGAGCCAGCCAUUGCGGCGACGUGGACAUCCUUUUGGCGCCUGUCUCGGAGCGUGUCCAGGCCAGAGGGUUCCUCGGUCGCCUCAUCCUGCACCUGGAAAAGGAAGGCUUCCUCACGGACCACCUCACGGACGCGACUGACGACAAGUCUGACUCCUAUUUCGGCGUUUGUCGGCUGGGAGACGGCUACCUGCACCGUCGCCUGGAUCUUAAGUGGAGCCUGACCGAUAAGAGCAUGGGCCCUGCAGUCUGGGAAAGAGGUACUGCCGCCCCGCCCACCCCUUGGUCUUUCCGCCCCGUCUUCCCGAGCAUCCUCACCAGGCUCACGAGACCUUUCCGUACCUCCCUCCUCGAACUUUCCUCCCACCCCGCCAUCUUUCCCUUUGGCGACUCUGUAGGCAAGAAGGUCGCAGACAUCGGCCCUCGCAUCGUCUGCACGGAAGAAAGGGAAAUCUUCCACCGCCUCGGACUCGCCUACAAACGCCCUUGGGAGCGCAACACACACGAUGCUGUCAGCCUG